UCUCCCUCUGAAGUGUUCGUUUCUCUCUUCUCCCCUGGUUCAAGCAUGGCCUGCAACUGGGCAGAGAAGUGGGCAGUGUUGGCCUGCCUGGUGGCCGUGGGCGGUGUCCUGGCCUGCCUGCUGGCCCAGGGCUUGCAGUCAGCGGAUGUGGAACAGCUAAGGAGAGAGGUGGAGAGCCUGAGGGAGGAGUGCGGAGUCUGGAGAGGAGAGAAGGCAGUGCAGGUUCUGACUGCCGCAGGUCAGGAUGUCUCCCUGAUGCAGGGCAGCACCAGGCACCCGACCAACGCCGAGCCUGUCCCGCAGAACUCCAGCACCCAGUCCACCCUCCGUGGCAGGGAACCAGCGCACCGGGCAGUCCGCGUGGAGCGGGACUCCAGGCAGAAGUCAAAAGGAAGACAGAAAUGGAGGCGCUCACUAAUGCACCUGGUACCCUUGGCUAUCACAUCACAAGGUGACACCACGAUAAUUCACUGGCAGAAGAUCCUACACACCGGCAAAUCCAUUGAGCAGAACAACAGCAUGAUCUCCAUUAAAGGGAGCGGCUAUUAUUUCAUAUAUACUCAGGUCCUGUAUCAGGAUCAGACCUUUGUCAUGGGACACAUCAUCAAGAGGAAAGCACCAGGGAGCCAGAAGGGGGGAGAGAACCUGCUCAGGUGCACUUGUAACAUGCCGGAGGAACACCCCUUUAGUAGCUGCUACAGCGCAGGUAUCUAUCGACUAGAGAAAGGCGACAUCAUAGAACUGGUCAUCCCGCGCAGCUCUGCGAGAAUUGCUAAGGAGAAGGACUCGACGUACAUGGGACUGUUGAAGCUAGGACCUACCUAAUGGAGUUCUCCUUAAUGCAACACCUUCCCUGGCAGCUCCUUCCAAUCAGAAUUCCGCUGGCUCCUCCAACACUCCUGAAUUCAUCUUGGGAUUUUCAUCCUUAUCUUCCCAACCCUCUGUAACCGAGUUAGGAAGGAAUGUGGAAACAAGAUUGUUUUCAGCCUUUUCAGUUAGAUUACAGAUAGCAAAGGCGCGAGUCUCUGUCACUGGGCUGAAAGUCCAGUGCAAGAACCCAUCUGCUUCACUGAUGUCCUCAGGUAAGGAACCCUACCAUCCUUUACCUUUGUGUCACCCCAGGUCCCUCAAGCUCAUAACCCCUCUCUGAAAUGGCCAGAUCAUACAGUUAUACAGCACAGAAACAGGCCCUUUGGCCCAACUCAUCCAUGCUGACCAACUUGCCUACCUGAGCUAGUUCCAACUGCCUGCAUUUGGCCCAUAUCCCUCUCAACCUUUCCUAUCCAUGGAGCUGUCCAAAUGCCUUUUAAACAUUGUAACUGUACCCGCCUCUCCCACUUCCCUGGCAGCCCGUUCCACACACCCACCACCCUUGUGUGGAAAAGUUGCCCUUCAUGUGAUCCCUUUAAAUUGUUCCCCUCUCACCUUAAACCUGUGCCCUCUACUUUUAGCCUCCCCUGGGAAAAAGGCUGUGACCAUUCCCCUUAUCUACGCCCCUCACGAUUUUAUACAGCCCUCAGUCCCCUAUGCUCCAAGGAAAACUACUCCAGUCUGAUUCUGUGAAUGAACUGAUCCAAAGUUGUCCCAAGACAAAUCCGCUGCUCUUGUUCUGGGAUGCUGCUCUUUCCUGUUCCCUGGAAUCUUGGGAGUCUGAGGAAUUCCGUUCCAAAUCACUGAGCUAUGGCAUUUAUCCUCCUUCACCCAGCCCCCAGCACCAAAGACCACCUUAGAAAGCCCAGCCCUUCUCACCUCUGCUGCCAAUAUAAAUGACAGGAAGUAGUGCAAGGGGCAUCAUUGGCAUCGGAUCAAUGGAAGUGGUGUUUGGAUAGUGACUGUGACCCUGGGACCAGUAGUGAGCAAGUAAACCCUACCACCUCCUACCCUUCCUGUCAGGGCUGCCAGCUCUGGUUGGAUGGUUCCCUAGAGGGGGACCACAUGCCCUCCUGGCCCAUCUCCCCCUCCUCACCUCCUCUUUCUGAGUUGUCAGAGCCCAUUUGAAAAGUGACCAACCUCUGUUAUCGAAUUGGAUGGCCUACAAGAACAUAGUGGUUACAGGCCGGGUAUCUAAGACCAUUGAUCCAGAGGCACAAGUUCAAACCCCACCAUGGCAGAAGAGGGAAUUUAAAUUUAGCCAUACAGCACAGAAACAGGCCCUUCAGCCCAAUUCAUCCAUGCUGACCAAGAUGCCUAUCUAAGCUAUUCCCAUUUGCCUGCAUUUCACCCAUGUCCUUCUAAACCUUUCCUAUAUAUGUACUUCUCCGAGUGCCUUUUAAAUGCUGUUAAUGUACCUGCCUCAACCACUUCCCCUGGCAGCCUGUUCUAUAUACGGACCGCCCUCUGGGAGGAAAACUCACCAGGUUCCCAUUAACUCUCUCCCCUCUCACCCUAAACCUACGGCCUCUACUUCUUGAUUCCCCAGCUCUGGGUAAAAGACCGAGUGCAAUCAGCUUAACUGUGCCUCUCAUUUUACAAUAUACAUCUCUAAGAUCACCCCUCAUUCUCCUACACUCCAACUGUCCCAACCUGCUCAUCCUCUCCCUACAGCUCAGUCAAGCAACGUCCUCAUAAAUCUCCUCUGCCCUCUUUCCAGCUUAAUAGCAUCUUUCCUAUAGCAAGGUGACCAAAACUAACACAAUACUCCGAAUGCAGUCUCACCAAUGUCUU